AUGCAAGGAAAUAAGCACACCGUGACAGUUAUCGAUAAGGGUGUCUACCUCGUACAUCAGGAGGAAGAGAAAACAUCAAUACAAACAACCCCGAUAGUUAGUAUUGAUAAACUUUCAAAAGAAGAUGAAGUCAAGAAGGCGUCGUGGUUUGAUAGUAAAGCCCCAACAGUUUUUCAUUAUAUUGCGUUAGUGAUAUUAGGGGCUUUAACAUGGGGAUAUCUGUGGUGUGCAUUGGGCGAAGACUGGAGUUUAAACGGCCAAUGGUUUCGGCUAACAAUUAUCGGUGUCAUAGCGUGGGCGAGCGGUCUAAUACUUCAAGAGUUGACCACAUUACCGCCGCUCCUCGCUGCUUUACUUACGGGGAUCAUCGCUCGCCACUUUGGUUUUGUUGACAUGCGAGCAUAUCCAUAUAUCGAUGGGUUUUUAAGGAAAAUAUAUCCAGUGAUUAUUCUGGGAAAAGGAUCCUUAUCUUGGGACGUUAAGUUUAUAAAACAAAAUUGGAAGCAAGUGUUAGCCUUGGGAGCACUGCCUUGGAGCGCGGAAGUAUUGGCUGUAGCAGUCUGCACACAUUUCCUCCUUGGUUUCCCAUGGAUUUGGGGUUUCCUUUUGGGAUCCUUCUAUGCAUCAGUGUCGUGCCCUGUGAUAAUGCCGUCAGUAAUUAAACAUGGAAAGAGCGCUAGUGGAAAAGUGAAUUGGUCGCAACUUAUAUGUACGGCCGGUGGGCUGGACACCACUCUGAGCGUCGGUACAUUUGGCGUACUUUUCAGCUUUAUAUUUUAUGAGUUUGAUGACAGCUACCACUAUGUAAAAGCGAUUUUAGCGCUACCACUUGGCUUAGUGCUAGGAAUUGCAUGGGGAAGUCUGGCAAAGUAUAUACCCAAUCCAAACGAUGUCUUCGUAACUGAAUUGAGAGUUUUAUUUGUUCUUGCCGGAGGGCUUUUUGUGAACAUGUUCACUACUUCUAUUGGAUGGGGUGGAACAGGCGGUGUAGCGGUUCUUGCGUGUAAUGCAACAGCGGCGUCACACUGGUCCAAGACGGGAUGGAAAUUAAACCAGAAUCCGGCCGCUACCGUGUACCGAGUGCUGUGGUCGACAUGUGAGCCGGUGCUCUUUGCCUUCACUGGCACAUUUUUUGUAGUGCACAGUUCGAUAUCAGAAACUAUGCUAAUUGGAUUAGGGAUCUUACUUGUAUGCCUCACUGUAAGACUGAUAACUGCAGUGUUAGUUUGCUGGAAAUUAACUCUGAAACAGAAGAUCUUUGUAUGCUGUACAUGGAUACCAAAGUCGAUUGUCGAGGCUGUUCUAUGUCCUAUGGCAAUAAUCACCAUAAUUGCUCAAUGUCAGCACAUAGAAGAGUUAGCUAUUGCCGAAGACUUGAUGAGGCUUAUAGUACAAGCUAUAAUUAUAACAACUCCUAUUGGAUUUCUUCUUACUAAUAAUUUAGGCAGCAUGCUACUUAAUGAAAAUAAUUGUGAGGAUAUUGAAAGCAAACCCAGGUUCACGUCGAGAAAAUCAAGCGCAUUCCAUCAUGACGAAGAUAGCAAUUUA